AUGGAAAAACAGAGAAUUUUUUCUCUCAAGCCCAUCAGAUUUCUAGCUUUCUCACUCACAAUCUCCUUCUCCGUAGUAUUUCUCAUCUUUUUCUCGACUUGGGUUUUCAAACCCACCACCUCACGAACCCUUAAUCUUGAUUUCACCAACACAUCUCUCAACACCAAUUCUUCACAGUAUGUGGAUAAAGUUCCAAUCUUUACGGAAACCCAUUAUGGAGAAUUUGAAUUUAGUUCGAAAAGUGGUGAUUUUUCUAAAAUUGCGGAAAGGGGCAGUGAAAAGGCUACGGUGGUAAGUGAUGCUGGUAACUCUAGUUUGACCUCUUUUGGUGAAAAUAUAUUUAAUGCAGCAAGAAUGCUGGAAUUAAUCAGAGGGAAGAGGUUAGUGUUUGUUGGCGACUCGAUCAAUAGAAAUCAAUGGGAAUCGAUGCUCUGUUUGUUGGUGGGAGCUGUUAAAGAUCCGAAGAAAGUGUACGAGGCUCGAGGGAGGAAAAUAACUAAAGAAAGGGGAAAUUAUUGUUUCAAGUUUGAGGAUUAUAAAUGUACGGUAGAGUUUUAUGUUUCGCAUUAUCUUGUUCAUGAGAGUAAAGCAAGAAUUGAGAGAAAAAGAACGCAAACUUUGCGUAUUGAUACUAUAGAUAAAGGGUCAUCCAGAUGGAGAGGGGCUGAUAUCUUAGUAUUCAACACUGCACAUUGGUGGAGCCAUUCAAAGACAAAGGCCGGGAUUAACUACUAUCAGGAAGGUGAUCAAGUCUAUCCUCGACUCGAUGUUACAGAGGCUUUCAGACGAGCUUUAUUGACAUGGGCAUCAUGGGUUGAUAAGUACAUCAAUCCGCGUAAAACCCGGGUUUUCUUUAGAAGUUCUUCACCUUCACAUUUCAGUGGAGGUCUAUGGAACAGCGGAGGCCAUUGUAAGGAAGCUUUUCGACCAAUUAACGUGACAUUUACCUCUAAUUACCCAGAGAAGAAUUUGAUUGUGGAGAAGAUUAUAAGUCAAAUGAAGUCCCCAGUCACUUUUCUCAACAUAACACAAUUAUCGGAUUAUAGACCCGAUGCUCAUCCAUCCAUCUAUGGAAGAAAAUCCAUUAAACCGAGCAUUCAAGAUUGCAGCCAUUGGUGCCUUCCUGGCGUUCCAGAUAUCUGGAAUGAGUUAUUGUAUUAUCAUUUACAAUCAAGUACGAAGGCCAAUUUUAUAAACUUGUAACAUUUUUUUUUUUAACAUUUUUUUCCUAUUCUUUCAUUGAUAUGUUGUAAAUCCAGUCUACAUGCAGCAAAACUUAUGAGUUCUCAGGCAAAUAAGUGUGUUAUGUGUGUAUAUAUAAACAGGCUGUCUUGAAUCCAUUUUUAUUUACUUUUUGUAGAAAUAUCUUGACACAAUUGUUGGCCAGUCUUAUUGAGUGAGUACAAAACUAGAAAAUACAAAACACAACAAGAAGCUAUAUAAGAAUAUGUAGUUCAUUUCAUCUAACUUUAUGCUGUCUAAAAGACUAUUCCUAUAAUUACUUGUAACAAUAAAGAGUAACAGCCAUCAAGAUAAUGGUAACUCUCAAAGUCUCAACCCGAUUGGUGUUUUUUUGCUCGGCCUUGAGAAAAGCUGAUAUCGUCUCUCUUUGGGCCCUCGGGCUUUCGGGCCCAUGAGGGCGCUUGGUCGGGCCCAUAACGAUAGUCAUAGAAAAGCUCCUCACCA